AUGCUACACUAUCCUGCUCAAAACUCUUUAAAAUUCACAUUAUCUGAAUCGGUAAAUUUUUUUGGCAGAGAAUCAAAAUAUAUGAUGAGCCUAUGUUUCAGUUCAAUCCUAAAACCCUCAAUUUCAACUUUCGAAGGGGAUUCCCGAUGGAUGAUUCCGACCCUUAAUCGCUGCCAUCUUCAACUCAUUUUCCCAAAGCACCAAAAUUUCAGUCCUUGCAAAAAGCACGGUUACUUGAGGGCUCUUCGAGAAGAGAUUGGAGUCCUUUCUCCUGAUGACACAGUUUCGGUUAGGAACCAGGCCCUUGUUGAGGCCGAUAAUAUUGUUGCUGACGAUGGAGUCCCGGUUUCUGCAGAGACUGAAGAAAUUCCCCAAAGGCAGCCCAAAAGAAUCGAGAGAAAGCAACAAGUUGAGGAUGAAGAUUCUGAUGAUAGGUACAUUCUUAGAAACGGAAAAGAGGUUCUCCAAGAAAAAGCAUACUUGGUUGGUGUAGCUCGCAAAGGGGAUACAGAUGCUUUAUUUGAUAUAGAGGAUUCACUGGGAGAACUUGCACAGCUGGCUGAUACUGCUGGGCUAUUAGUUGUUGGCUCUACAUAUCAGAAACUUUCCAACCCAAACCCGCGAACUUAUAUAGGAUCUGGGAAAGUUGCAGAAAUAAAGAGUGCGAUUCAAGCAUUUGGGGUCGAGACUGUAAUAUUUGAUGACGAACUUUCACCAGGGCAGUUGCGGAAUCUGGAGAAGGUUUUCGGCUUAAAUGUCAGAGUAUGUGAUCGCACUGCCCUCAUUCUGGAUAUUUUUAACCAGCGUGCUGCUACCCGUGAAGCUGCUUUACAGGUUUCGUUAGCACAAAUGGAAUACCAGUUGCCACGGCUGACAAGAAUGUGGACACAUCUUGAGCGGCAAGCUGGAGGGCAGGUCAAAGGUAUGGGUGAGAAGCAAAUAGAAGUUGACAAGCGAAUACUACGAACUCAAAUUGGUAUCUUGAAAAAAGAGCUUGAAACAGUUCGAAAACAUCGAAAGCAAUACAGAAGCCGACGUACAUCUGUUCCUGUUCCAGUUGUAUCUUUGGUUGGGUACACAAAUGCUGGAAAGAGUACAUUACUGAAUCAAUUGACAGGCUCAACAGUUCUUGCUGAGGACAAGCUAUUUGCAACCCUUGACCCUACUACAAGAAGAGUACAGAUGAAAAAUGGGAAGGAAUUUCUUCUCACAGACACUGUUGGCUUCAUUCAGAAAUUACCUACAACGCUGGUUGCUGCUUUUAGGGCCACGCUGGAGGAAAUUUCAGAGUCUUCACUUCUGGUGCAUGUGGUGGAUAUUAGCCAUCCCUUGGCACAGCAGCAAAUUGAAGCUGUGGAGCAAGUUCUCUCAGAACUUAAUGUGGAAUCUAUUCCUAGGCUGAUGGUCUGGAACAAGGUUGAUAAAGCUGAGCAUCCCAAAAAUGUAAAGUUGGAAGCCAAGAAAAGAGAUGAUGUUAUAUGUUUAUCUGCUCUAACUGGUGAAGGCGUGGAUGAUUUCUGCAAUGCUGUCCAGGAAAAGCUGAAGGAUUCUAUGGUAUGGAUUGAAGCUUUGGUUCCUUUUGACAAAGGGGAGCUUAUAAGUACCAUCCAUCGUGUUGGAAUGGUUGAGAAAACUGAAUACAUUGACAAGGGAACUUUGGUGAGAGCCUAUGUUCCUCUCCGAUUUGCAAGGCUCCUUACACCAAUGAGGCAGAUGUAUAUAUCCUAA